GACUACUACGCCGUAGUGGACAUAUGCAUAAAACCAACUACACAAAGUACAGAGUUGCGGUCCAAAAGUCUACAUUUGUAAAUCGCAAGAUACAUUUCUGAAUCGCAUGACAUUUAUUUGUGUAUUUUGAAACUAUUCUAACUCCAUAUGCUUGACUGUAGCCUAGUUCAAACCUACAUGCAAGAAGAGAAUAUGUAAACAAAAAACAUCUGUCCCACAAAGACUUUCAUACGUCAUACGCAUGCGACGUUACCCAUCGCAACGGUAAUCAUCUGCAAAGGGUAAACACAAGAGCUAGCUUACCUGACAAAACAAGCAAUCUAUCCACGGGUUUCUCUGUUACAACCUACGACCAAUGCCUAAAAUCAGCACUGAUACAUUAUGGGAGCUAGCAGCGUUGGAGGUCCGCAGCCGAGAAAACGGUGCUGGCGAUGAGGACACCGACCAGCAGGAUCAGUCACUGCACGAAAGAACAGUCUUCUUUACCGGGAGCAAGUCGGGGGGUAAAACAACGAUUUUACUCCGGUGCCUUGACAGAGAUGAACCACCUAAACCUACACUCGCGUUAGAGUACACAUUUGGGAGAAGAGCUCGGGGGCACAAUACGCCCAAGGACAUCGCGCAUUUUUGGGAACUCGGAGGAGGAACAUCGCUCUCAGACCUCGCUCAAAUCCCCAUCAACGCACAGAAUGUCAGGGCCUUCUCUGUGGUGCUGGUUCUGGACCUGUCCAAGCCCAGCUCCCUGUGGGCGACCCAGGAGAGGCUGCUCCAGGCUGCCAGGACCCAGGUGGAGAGGAUUUGUUCUGGGCCUCAGAAAGGGGCUGAUUCCCGGUCCAGCAAGCAACACGAUCUCAUUGGAAUCCCCCGUGUCCUCCCCACAGACCAUCCCGACAGAGAAAUCAUCAACCCAUUUCCUGUCCCUCUGCUUCUGAUUGGCAGCAAGUUUGACAUCUUCCAGGACUUUGAGUCGGAGAAGAGGAGGGUGAUCUGUAAGACCCUGCGUUUCCUGGCUCACUACUACGGAGGAUCACUCAUCUUUACCAGCAGUAAGUCAGAGGGGACCAUGUCCAAAACCAAGAGCUUUGUCAGUCACCUUGCAUUUGGGACAGACAGAUCGAAGUCCAUGGCCAUUGACCCCAGUAAGCCUCUUGUCGUCCCUGCUGGCAUGGACUCCUUGAGUCAGAUCGGUUCGCCGCCCACCACAGAUAUUGACAUUGGAAGUUUGCAUGCCAGAAAUCCACUAGAUCUGUGGAAAAAAGUGUUUGAAAGGGUGUUCCCUCCAGAGAGUACCACAGAACGCAAACAGCUGAAGGACCCGGCCAAAGACCUGCAGUAUAGUGAGCCCCUCAUCGACUCCAUGAGGGCCCAGAAGGACCAGGAGCUUGACCAAUACAAGAGAGAUGCAACGAAGUCAUGGAAAGGCCUGGAGUUGGAGACCUAAUAUUCAACUUUUGCCCAAUUGCCCAAACGCACACAACACAUACAGACCCACCAGCCUACAAAUAUAUAUAUAAAAAAUGCAGAAUACCGCAUGCAGACUACAUCACAUCAUGC